AUAUUUAAAUUUAAUGGUCUAGUUUAGCAAUGAUGAGGCAGCAUCUCCUGUUUAAAACUCCCUUACCUUGCCAUGAAACUGAGCCCCUGAGACUUGCCAUGUGUUGCUCUAAUUCUGGACGCUGACUAUGUGACAUUGUGAUGCAACCUGGUUUUCUUGCUUCAGAGCUCCUUUUGGGAAACUGUUUAUGACAAAGACCAAGCAUGCGUGCAUACCAUCUCCAGCUCAAAGAACAAAAUAAAAACCUCACCAGUUACCACCACGGUGUUGGAAUUGGAAUCCAUGAAAUCUCUGCUCCAGAAGGUGAAAUCCCGUUGUCUUUCAGUUCCAAACAGUGUUAGAAUUCAGGCAACAUGUUAAAAAAUCUCACUCCAACUUGCAAGGUCAGAGGAACUCUAGAAGCUGGGUUGUAUCUUGCUGAAACUGUCAAACUCACACAGGGUCACACAGCAAUGCUGCUUCAAACUAGACCUUGGACCAUGGCAUGGCCAAACCUCUGGGCUGUGUGUGGAAGGCACAAAGGAUCAUCAGAAUGUGCUGAAAUCCUCUGAGGCUCUGUAAGGUGUGGUGAUCUGAUAUCAGUGGAUGGGCUGAGAUUGCUUCACCCUGCUGAGGAAAGAAAAUAUAAAUUUACUUCACUAUGUGUUUUAAGCCAUUUGCAAGGAGAACAAUGUUAAGGACUUUUUGGUCACUGUGCUGACAAUGAAGUACCUGGCUGAUGUGCAGCACUCGAGAUGCUGCUUUGGGACUUUGUCUCAAGGUCACAGCGUACCUUGGUGGUAUAAGUGCAAAGGUUGCCUUUGCUUGGUCGAUACAAUAGCAGAAGAUCCAGAGGUUCUGCAAGGAGAUGCUCAAACAUACUAUGAAAAACUCUUGAAGAAAUCAUUGCCCACUGCUGAUGUUUUUUCCAUCCCUGGAGGACAAGAGGUUAAACUUGAAGAUUCCUGUGUGUGUUUUGUCCCCCUCUACCGAAAUAAUCCUACUUGCAAACUGUUGCUGUUAACUGAUCCAAAGGAUAAAGAGACAGUCUUGGCAGUUUAUUUGGGCCGGCGUUGGUGGCCUCUUGAAGAGGUGGUGAAGACGGCUGAUCCUGCUAGAGAUGGGCUCCUUUUGGUCCAGACAUUUGCAGAAAGGAUUGUCCUCUUUGUUCUGAACUACAUUAUUUUUGGAAUGCUGGAAGGGAGUUCAGCUAAUGAUGCAUUCUUUCUACCUCACUCUGCCACCGAGUGUGCCAAGAUACUCUGGAGGAACGGCGAGGCUGUUGCCUUUUACUCGGUCAAGAUGAAAGGGAGCCUGUGUGAUGGUACAACCAGUCAGUGUUACUUGCUGCCAGUCUUGGAUACUAUAUUUGUCCGGAGAAAGUGCAGAAGAGGUGGCCUAGGGAUGAAAAUGCUGCAUGAUUUCUGUCAGUCUUUCCUGGCUGAGGAUGCCUUGGGGAUCAGCUGCCCUAUUUCUGCUGCCAUGUAUCAAGUUUGCCAGAAAUUCCUGCAGGUUUAUCCCGAGGAGCAGAAGCGACUGUGGGAGGUGGAAGCACCGGGAGAUUGGAGCCAACGAGUGAAUAUCUGGUUAAAAAUUCAGAUGGAGUUAUUCCCUUCAGGAAAGACAGCAGUGGGCUCUCAUAUGGAGAAUACUCCAGCCAGUAAACCCAGGCAAUCAGAUGUGGACCAGAUGAAUAAGAGUGUUGAAUGCUUUCCUGGUACUGGGAGAGGGGCAGGAGAUGCCACAGAGAAAAAAGAUGACACAGCAGCAGCAGGGACUCUAAACCCACAAGGUCCUGAAGAAGAGGACUUGGAAAAAGGUGCAGGCAAUACUCGGCAACACAAAGGACUCAGGAAAAGAGCAAGCCCCGGGGACUUGGUUGGAGACAAGGCCACCAAACAAUUUAGAACUACACCAUAAUUGCUGUUUCAGAAAUCAGCAAAUUCAGUAUAGUCUUAGAAAUUGUAAUUGACUGUUCUUAAUUUGUGACACUGCAGAAAUUUCUUCAGGUAAGAUGUAAUUUUUUUGCAACACGUGCUCUCCGUUUUAUGUUUUGUUUUAAAUAAAGCUUUUGUUUACU